CCCGCCCGCCCGCCCGGAGGAGCCGCCGCCGCCGCGAUGCCGGCCUAUCACUCCACUUUGAUGGACCCAGACACCAAGCUGGUUGGGAACAUGGCUCUGCUGCCCAUCAGGAGUCAGUUCAAGGGACCGGCCCCUCGCGAAACCAAAGAUACAGACAUAAUAGAUGAAGCCAUCUACUACUUCAAAGCCAACGUGUUCUUUAAAAAUUACGAAAUCAAGAAUGAGGCCGACAGAACCUUGAUCUACAUAACCCUGUAUAUUUCGGAGUGCUUGAAAAAGUUGCAGAAGUGCAAUUCAAAAGGCCAGGGGGAGAAGGAAAUGUAUACUCUGGGGAUCACCAAUUUCCCAAUCCCUGGAGAACCGGGCUUUCCGUUGAAUGCUCUGUAUGCCAGACCCAGCAACAAGCAAGAAGAAGAGGUUAUGAGAGCGUAUUUACAGCAACUGAGGCAAGAAACUGGCUUGAGGCUUUGCGAAAAGGUCUUUGAUCCCCAGAGUGACAAACCGAGUAAGUGGUGGACCUGUUUCGUGAAAAGGCAGUUCAUGAACAAAAGCCUUUCAGGACCAGGACAGUGAAGACAGUGUGCAGAUCUCAGGUCACAGCACCGCGUUUCCAGGGAUGUCCAGCUUAUUGCUUCUGUUUUAAUAUAAGUUUUCUACUGAAGAGAAAAGGUGCUUCUGUAUCGAA